UUGCCCCUAAUGGGGACAAAACAUAAGUUCCAUUUGGUUGGAUUGUUGUUGGUUUUGCUCCUGGGUUCCGACUUUCGCUACUCAACAUCUAAGCUCUGUGUUUGACUCCAUUCGCCUGGAUUGAAAUCACAACUUUCAUCUGGAUGAAAAUCUCAGUACAAUGGUUAUUACUAGAGUAGGUGUACCGGACAACGACAAGAAACAGAAACUCGAAGUAGAAGAAGCAGACAAAGCAGAAGCAAUGCGGAUAAAUAGUAAUAAUAAUGGUAUGAUCCAAUUAUUUGUUAAGAACUUUUCAUCAUCCAAUAGCAGCGGAAGAAGCAGCAGCAGCCUGGUUCUGUUUGUUAAGCCUGAUGAAACCAUAAGAUCCAUUCACGAGAAAAUAGAAGCAACGACAGGUAUCCCGGUUAGUUUCCAAAAAUUACUAUAUGCAGGAAAGCAGCUUCAUUCUGAGCAUACAUUGCGUCAAUUUAAUAUCAUUAAAAAUGACUCCACUUUACAUUUAGUAGCCCGUAUGCCGCAAAGCAUCCCCCAUCCGAAGGCCUCUCACCUUGUCAAUGAUUUGCUUUCCUUUGUUUACAGGUUGCGUCGUUGUAGCAACUGCAACAAUGACCAUCUUGAUCAUCGUCUCCUCGAUUCCAAGCUUAAGAAAUUCUCUAAAUCCGCUUUCUCCCCCAAACACCCUGUUUAUUGUGCUUCUGUUUAUCUUAAUAUCUUCCGUUCUUAUGGUGCCCCAGAAGCACUUGUUUUUCUUUACAUGUCUCCUCACAAACAAUGUGCCCUAAGUUCCCUUCAAUCCUUUAUUACUUGUGUUCCCAAAUCUUUCUAUCCAAUCUUUACGCCUCUCCUCAUGCACUUUUCUAGAUUGCUCCUUUCUUACAGUGCUCAUGAUGAUCCUUUCUACUUAUUCUGUCGUAAUCGUCUUGGAUCCAUGCUCGCUUCUGUUUCCAUCUCCUCCUCCCCCCCAGGGCCAUACAGAGAUGAUGAUUAUAAGCAGGCUGACGUCAUUUCAGCUCAUGACUUACUUCAGAUUGUACACCAGAUUGCCACUAAUUUGUCACACUCUUCAGUGAAUUUUGAACGUGACGUCAUUGAUUUUACUAACUUUGUGGGCCCUAUCAAGAAGUCAAUCCAUGUUCACCAGGUCCCUUUUCAGACUGAUCCCAUACACUCACUACCAUGGCACUACUGCUAUGGCAACAACCCCAAUCCCCACCCUUGCUACAUCCGUGACUUUUUUUAUACGAUCUUUCCUGUUCUGUCUUCGGCAACGAAAACCUGCCUCGACAAAGUGGAGGAACAUAUAAAAGUCGGGAAACACCAAGCAGACAAAAAAGAUCAAUGGGGUCACUAUUUCUUGAUUUUGACCCAAGUGUAUCACAUUGCUAAACUAUAUCAGGGCACUGAAGAAAUCUUUAUGACGGGUAUGAGGCUUAACAAGGUUGCUUUGUGUUACCUUAUUCCUAGAUAUGCCAAGAGAGGUGAAGAUUACCAUUGGAUUCUUGACCAUAAGGAUCUCACUGACUUUCACUCUAGGAGACAUUUGGUUAUGCUGUUACUUCCAGAGCUCGUGAAAGACGACUAUGAGGACACUUUUGAGAUGCUUAUUGACAGAUCACAAUUGUUGGCUGAAUCUUUUAACUAUAUUUUACCAGCAGAGACCGAUGAAUUGCGUAGUGGCUUAUUCGUGGGGUUUAAAAAUGAGGAAGCUACCGGCCCUGGUGUAUUACGCGAAUGGUUUUUCUUGGUGUGCCAAUCUAUCUUUGAUCCCCAUAAUGCUCUCUUCCUCCCUUGCCCCAAUGAUCGAAGAAGAUUAUUUCCUAAUCCAGCAUCUAAGGUGGACCCAUUUCACCUUGAUUAUUAUCAAUUUGCAGGCAGGGUAAUCGCCCUAGCCUUGAUGCAUAAAAUGCAAGUGGGCAUUGUAUUUGACCAGACAUUCUUCUUGCAAUUGGCUGGAGUCGAUAUCUCGUUGGAUGAUGUAAAGGAUGCAGAUCCAUACUUGUAUAGUAGCUGCAAGCAGAUAUUGGAUAUGGAUCCUUGUGCAGUGGAUGAAGACACCCUUGGUCUAACCUUCAUUUGGGAGUUUGAAGAGUUAGGGUCCAUGAAAGUUUUGGAGCUUCUCCCCAAUGGAAAACACAUUCCUGUGAAUAGCAGAAAUAGGAAGGAGUACGUUCAUCUUCUCAUUAGACAUCGGUUUGUGACGUCUGUUACCCAACAGGUAGCCCGGUUUGCUCAAGGAUUUACAGAUAUUGUUACAAAGGAUGAUAUCCGGAAAUUAUUUUUUAAGAGCUUAGAGCUUAGAGACCUGGAUGGGAUGUUGUAUGGGAGUGAAGGUGAUAUCUCUAUCGACGAUUGGAAGGCACAUACAGAAUAUGAGGGCUAUAAAGUUACUGAUCGCCAAAUAAAAUGGUUCUGGAAGAUUGUUAGGAAGAUGACAGCAGAGCAACGGAAGGUUCUUCUCUUCUUCUGGACGUCAGUGAAGUAUCUACCUGUAGAAGGUUUCGGUGGUUUAGCUUCAAAGCUAUACAUUUGCCAAUCAAUUGAGAAAGUUAACCACCUGCCUUCUUCUCACACAUGCUUCUACCAAUUAUGUUUUCCUGCUUACCCAUCAAAGGCUGUGAUGCAACGACUCCUAAAUACUAUCACUCAAGAGCACGUUAGCUGCAGCUUUGGAACAUUGUGAGAGUUUCUUCUGCAAUUUUUAGACAUCUUCUUGUGCCUAGUUUGGUAAAGAAUUUAGGGUAGAUUAUCAUGGAAAUUUCUCAGAAUUUAGAGUAAAUUAUCAUGAAAUUUUCUCAGAAUUUAGGGUAAAUUAUCAUGAAAUUUUCUCAGAAUUUAGGGUAAAUUAUCAUCAGAUUAUUUCAUUAGGCUUUAUGAUGCUUCUUUUUGAUGACCUUCAGUCAUUAGGUCUUAGGCCCAAUGUCCAACUGUCUAUAUCUAUAUUAUAUAUAUAUAACAAGGCAUGUAUGUCGAUGGUGAGAGUGAUGUUACUGUAGCUGGUACUGUAGCAAAUCCAGCCCAAUGAAUGGGCUACAAAUGUUUUUUUUUUUUUUUUCCCUCACUCCGAGUCAUCUCUCCCCGAAUUCCCUUCAUGUAUCUCCCUCCACCUUUUUCCAUCCAGACUUUCCCCCUCUUGUGCGACUCUUCCAUUGGUUUGCCCAUCAGGCCAUCAUCAAUCAAGUCUCAUUGCCGCUUAGGUGAAAUCAUCCUCUUAUCUUCAACUAUGUAUUUUAUCAGUUUUUAUGGCAACACGAUUAUGGCGAUCCAGUUGUUUAUGGCGAUCCAGUCGUUUCAAACAAAAGCAUCUGCGUGCAGGGGUGUUGAUUCAUUUCAGCUGUUAGAGCUCUGUUCCUUUUUUCAGAGAUUGAUUAAAAGUAUGUAUUUUACUUUUUUGGGGGGUUCAAUCAAUUUUCUAGGUUUUGGGUUGUAAUAAGUUGUAACCGUAUACAUAUAUUGUUUAUGGGUUUUCAAUUUGUCUUACUGUUUAACCA